CGUGAAGCAGGCAGGCUGUGCCAGAACUCUUCAGUGAUGCCUUUUUCUUUCUCUCAACCAUCUCCCUCAGGGGCACUUCUGCUGCUGCUGGUGUCAAGCCUCCUCUUAUGGGAGAAUGUGGCCUCUGGGCCUUUGAGUAGCAAUGAGACUGAUGGUUAUCCAUUAUCCACCAAUGGGCUGUUUCAUAAUGCCAUGAGACUGACUUGGAAUAUCAAGAACCUCAACAUGGAAUUGCGCAGGACAUAUACAGUCAAUCAAGUCUCUGAAAAAUUAUACGAGAACUAUAUGCUUGACUUUAUUGAGGACAUGGAGUAUCUUGUCAAGGCUCUCACCUGCUGCCACAAUUAUUCCAUCAAAACUCCAGAAAACCUGGAAGAAGCUCAACAGAUUCCUUUUAACGAAUUUCCAAAGCUGAUCCUCAGUAGAAUGUGGGCUUGGAAUGAAACUUCUAAAAUUCUACUGACCACACUGAGAAGUAUUCCAGGAAUGCAUGAUGAUGUCAUUUCAUUAGCCAAAAACAUUGAAACAAAACUUGCAGAGCUUUUUGUGUACAUCCAGAGUCUACUCAACAAGAUUUACGGAACAACAACAGGAAAUGUGGAAUACACCGUCUUUUCUGGUCUUGAAGACUUAAAAUCAUCUGAUGAAGAAUUUAGUCUUUUUGACCUUUGUAAAUUUUCCUAUUGCUUACGUGUAGAUAUACAUAUGGUUGAACUUUAUCUCAAGCUAUUAGAGUGUGUGGUAUAUGUUAGUAGUGAUGUUUGCUUAUCCAAAAAUAUUAGAGAUGCUUCAUGAUGCUGAAUCUUUUUAAAUAAUCUUAAUUUUAUAAUUGUGAAAGUAUAAUUGAGUAUAACGAGUGUCUUUUAAAAUAAAAAUAAACUAUAUAUAUAAA